AUGGGAGGUAAACGCAAAAAGUCCAAAAGCGGGCCUAUCAAGAAGGAAAGUCGUUAUAAAAUUCCUUCUCGUUUUGACUGCCCGCUGUGUGAUGUGAAGAGCUCCAUUAUAGUGGGAAUCUCACGUUCUACGGGUAUCGCCACCGUGCACUGUCGCUCCUGUCAUGUAGGUAAAGGUAGAAAAUGGCCGAUCCUACCGCGUGAAAAAGGUGUUGAUGUCUUUUUCCGCUUUCGCGAGGAGCUAUUAGAGUUAGAUCGACAAUUCUUGGAUAAUCAUCCGAUGGAGAUGAGUAGCGGCGGUGCGGGUUUAGGCGGAAGCAUCACGAACCUCGCGGAGCUGAGUCGUCAAGAGAAUCGCCGAUUAGCUUCCGAUGCGGCGGGGUAUGACGUGAGGGGGGCGAAAAAUGGAGCCGGCUACGGUGCUGAGAAGAGAGGAAAACGUCAUCGUCCAUCGUCGAGCGAGGGGCGCUCCGAAGAUGCAGGCGACCAUAAUAAUAAUAUUGAUGAUGUGAUGAACUUUUUCAUCCCGCCUCGUUUCGAUGAUGAGGAUGAAAAUGAUGGGGCGAAUGAUCAUGAUUCUAUGACUGAGGAAGAGCAGUACGCCGCGAUGUUUGCAUAA